UGCUUGCAAAAGGUGGAAAUACCACGAAUUUAAGAAGUCAUCUGAGACGUCGACAUCGUGCAGAUUUUUUCGAGACCACUUCCUCCACGACCUCUGGAGCUUUGUUUGAGGCGCCAGGUGAUUUCCCACCAAAUUCAGUGAUUUCACUGCAUUUAUAGAUGUAUAGCGUGCAUCAGAUUUGAGUCUUGGAGCACUGACAGCAAUUGCAACGACUACAUGCAUCCACCCCCUUUAAACUGACAGAAUACAUUGCAGUGGGGCACUACUAUGGGUUUCCUAAAGUUUGCAAAGUUGCAGGUCCAUGGGGAGCAGUUUAAGGGGGAAAAAAUAGCCGCUGACCCUAAUGCUGUUAUUGUGUAUGCAUACUCUUUGCCCAUUUAUAACCCACUUUAGAGCAUAGAUCACGUGAUACAGUAAGUUAUUUUACUUAGCAGAAUAUUUAAUGUUGUAACACAUAAUGAUGUGAGUGUAUUUAAUGUGUCACAUCUAUGAAUGCAACAUUUAAUUCCGACCAUGCUCUGUAUCAGAGUGCCUAUCAUCAAGAUAGUUCGUUUGCGUCGGUUUCUGAGUAAAACGGUGUAUUUCUUUAAACGGGGGGUUAUCUAAUGUCAAGUUCUUUCAUAUAUAAUGUCAUUUCCAUGUCAGGUUUAGGGGCACUGGUACAUUUUACACUAUUCGACGCAGAGUGUUUAUUUUCGGCAUAAAAGUCAUAAUACAAACAUCUGUAAUGCUUGUACGCAUGCUCAAAGAGAAUGCAACGCUAGCGCCAGAGGUCUGUUUUACGACAGUCUCAUACCCUUGUUGUUGCCAUGGUAUCAGCUAAACAGUCAUUCAUGCGGUUCAUUGUAAGGAGCAAACGGUAACAUCUGCGAAUAUUUUGUUAUUAAAAUGCAUUUGUUACGGAAGGUGUUGCCAUUGUCCCGCUGGCAUGAUAUGUCGUAAAUAACGGUUAUGCGGUUGGGGCAAUGAUUGGCCAGUAUAAGCCGCCAUCUUUACCGUUUUAAAACCCUUUUCUAAAAAGACUGACCCGUCUCUUCAAUACAAGGUGAUAAUGACUGUGGUAUAAUCGCUGUAUAGCACCCGAACCUGACUACGGUUCGGUAUCCACCCGCUUUGUUUACAUGGCCUUAUCAUAACACCUGCUGCGCCUGCUGCAUUGUCUAUUUAUCACAAAGCGACUACCCUGUCAGCUGCUGGAGCUAACAGCAGCUAACAUUAUGAAAACAGACCAGAGGGAUUGUCGUGACAGUUUGGAUUUGUUUGCUUCUGAUAUGACAACUAAAGAGGAGAUCAUUCUGAAAGAAGAGAAUGAGUCACAAGAAGAGGAAGAGUGUGAGGUAAAUACCACUGACCUUUUUAGACAUGCAAUGGUAUCAGACUUGGAGCUGGAAGAACUCGAAGACAGCAGGACUGAAAUAAGUAAGGUUACAAAGAAGCAGACAACAUGGGCUGUGAACUGCUUCACUGGCUGGUUAGAGUCCCAGGGGCGCCAGGUGGACCUGAGUACGGUGGAGAAUACAGAGCUCAACGGACUGCUGAGACACUUUUAUGGAUCCGUACGAAACAGCAAAGGAGAGUUGUAUGGGAUUGCCAGUUACAUUGCACUGCGAGCUGGGCUUAACCGUUACUUCAAAGAGCCUCCUGUCGGCCGUCCUGUGUGCUUAAUGAGAGAUGCUGAGUUCACCUCAGCCAACAAGGUGUUCUUGGGAGUGCUCAGGAGAAUCAGGAAGUCCGGUCGAGACAUAACUUCACACCAUCAGGCACUGACGCCUAAUGAUAUCCGCAUCCUAAAACACUCGCGUGCAAUGGACACCUGCACUCCAAAGGGACUUCUGAACAAAGUCUGGUUUGAUAUACAGGUACAUUUCGGCCGCAGAGGGAAGCAGGCCAACAGGAAUCUGAAGCCUGAUUCAUUUGUAAUAAGAAAAGACGAGAGAGGAUUGAGAUACUGCACCUUAAUUUUUGGUGAUGAGACAAAAAUGUAUAAUGAGAAGGACCGAUGUUCUAUGUUUGAGAAGCCAGGCAGUGAACUCUGUCCUAUUACUUCUCUGUUAAAGUACCUCAGCAAACUGCCAUCCAACGCAGCCGCCCUUUACUUGCAGCCUAAGAAGGAGCUAACAGAUGAUAUGUGGUACAGCCAUGUCCCCCUAGGUGUCAAUUAUCUGGGCUCAAUGUUGGCUCGCAUGUGUAAAGAAGCAGGAACAUCGGUGAUCUACACCAAUCACUGCAUCAGAAGCACACCCUUUCACCAACUGUGUGAUUCAGGACUGGAGGGGAGAGAGAUUAUUACUGUCAGUGUGAAGAGGUCUGAAAGCUCCCUCCAAAGUCACCAGACACCCUCUCUCAGGAGCAGAAAGCAGUGCAGCGAGAUAUUGCCAGAGAACGAUUCAGCUGGCCCAGCAGGUUUGGAUCUCAACCAUGAAGAAUUCUUUGAGGAUGUUCCGUUUCUCCACAAUGCUUCGAAUCAGAACUAUGUCCCAGAUGCAGUGUUGCCACCUGGGGAGCCGUGGCUCCAUGGCGGCCCUUCCCGAGCAGUGCUAUCCCUGCCUUCCUGCCUGUGCCUGUGCAGGGACAUUGAGUCUGGGAUGUCUGGUCCUUCUGGCGAGGAGCAGAUGGGAGACAUGCAGGUGUACGCCAAGUGUCACCUUCAGCAAGGCGUCAUGUUUGGGCCCUUUGUAGGAGAAGUGUGUAGGGGACAAAUGCCGACCAACCUCAAAUAUGCCUGGGCUAUUAGGGAUGAUGCUGCUUUCAUCUACGUUGAUGCUUCUGAUGAAAACAAAUCCAACUGGAUGAGGUAUGUAAAAUAUACGAGCAGUGAGGAGGAACACAAUCUGGUUGUCUUCCAGUUUUACCGUCACAUCUACUACAGGGUUUCCCAGCCCAUCACAGAGGGAGCAGAGCUCAGGGUCUGGAUUGGCAAGGAUUAUGCCUCCUUGCUGGGCCUGGGGAUGGGUGACAAUGUGAAAUGUGAAGUUGGAGAAAAGGAGACAGCUCUGCGCCUACUGCAGGACAUCCAAUUGGUCACCCUCCCGGAGCCCAGCAGCACUUCCCUUUGGUCAGAUCACAGCCAAUCACAGAGCCCCAUGCCUGUCAUUAGUGACGUGACGACAAUGUCAAACCCAGACACAGCUAAUGACCCAGGCGGGAUUUCUGGCUCAGCCUUCACCUCCACUUCCGUGAUCUCCUUCCCGUCCCCCAGCUCUCAUCCAAUGGAAAAGUACGAUUUUAUACCUGGAACCGAGAAACUUCUGAGUAACCCAAACGCAACACAGAACAGCCCAUGGUACUUUUUUGGGUUCGAGCCAGACCCCACUGGUCGGCCCCUGGACCGUAGCACUGUGGUCUGUAAGCUGUGUGGGGAGCAUGUGGGCUGUGCUGGAGGAGCAGCGGACCUCCAAAACCAUCUGACCAACAAGCACCACAUCAGACCACGUGACAGUAACAAGGAUCGAAGUCUUCUGAUCAUAGGUCAACAACGCUCUCAGCCCAUGAUGGUUAACAGUGGUCUGGUCAGUACACUCCCCCUGGUUUUGUCUGCACAAGUGACCGAUGCCAUCACCAACUUUCUCAUCAUGGAUCUCCAGCCCCCAGCUCUGGUAGAAGGAGAAGGCUUCAGACAGCUUAUCCAAACCCUCCUACCCUCCUGCAAGGAGCUGCCGUCCCAUUGUCACCUCGAUAACCUCCUGAAAGAACACCACACCAAAGGCAAGACAACCCUUUCUCAGCUGCUGAGAAGUAAAACAGGAAGUGCAGAAAAUGAGGAGAUAUCUGACUACACUGCUCCCAUCGAGUUUGAGCCCAGGAGACGUGGGCGACCUCCCAACCAUCGCAGGGAAAUUCCUCACUUUGUCACUUUGAGUGUCGAUGUCUGGUCCCACAACUGGCAGGGCAACACUGAGAGGUACCUUACCCUCUGGGCACACUACAUAGACUCUAAUUUUAGUUUUCAGAACCUGGCCCUGGCAACCCAAAGACUGACAGAGAGUGGGAUGAAAGAGUACAGAGUUCAAACAGUGGAGACACAAGUGAAAGUGAUGGCACAGGAGUGGGGAAUAUCCCAGCCCAAUCUGGUCCUGCUGGGAGGGGAGGGGAGGAAUAAGAUGAGGCUGGGGCCAAUAAAGAGUGACAAAGGUGGAGAUGCUGCAGGAAGUGUCCCUCACCCAAACUCAACAACAUUUCUUGAGAGAGAUGAAUCUGUGUCACCCGAGGAACCACAUGGCUCUGAGCACGGCCAUUCCAGUGAGGGACUACCAUCUGUCCCAUGUUUCUUCAGCGCUGUGCAGGACUGCAUUGAGGAAGUGAUGUCAUACCCUGUCAUCUCCAAGACUCUCUGCCAAUUCCAGGGUACUCUCUCAACCCUGUUCCUGCCAUCUGCUCAAAACAGAGGCUCAUAUCAGAGUCUGUUGCAGGCCCUGACAAAACAAGAGCAGGCGGAGCUGAAGUCGUGGGCUCAUAGUCGGCCAACGUGGAAUAAGCUGUACACUCUACUAAGCACGUUGAUCAAACAUAAAAGCCUUGUCUGUGAUAUAAUAAAAGAGAUUAAAGGGGAGGGCUUGUCUAAAGAAGACACUGCAUCAGAAACCAGUUCAUCUGGGAGCUGCCACGCAAACUCAACCUCCAACACAUCCUCAGCAAACGUCACAAUACGUUCUGAAUGGAAGGUCCUGGAGGAGCUGUGCUUGGUCCUCAAACCUUUAGAUGUGGCAUGUCGAACCCUUGCCAAAGAGGCCUUCCCCCGUCUGUCUCUCAUCAAACCCAUUCUCAUCGGCCUGCUCUCCCGCCACCUUGUAUCCCGCCCAGGAGAUUCGUCAUCCAUCUUAAAGGAGGUGAAGAGGAUGAUGAGGCGGAACUUGGCAAGCUGUUACGACAACCCUGUUGUCAACAGGGUUCUGUGUAUAGCAUGUUCCCUCGACCCCCAGUUCCAUGGGCUGGGGUUCAUGGAGGAGAAGGAGCAGACAGCAACUUUUGAUUGGCUGAAAAAAGAAGCCGUCAGAAUUGUGAAGGAGGACAGAAGGAGGAGGCAAGGUAAGAAGCAAAGCCAUCUUAAGAGAAGCCCCUCCCCUGGGUCACCAGAGUCAGAGAGUGACUUCCUGCGGAGGAGCAAACGUAUCAAAGAAUCCCGACCAAUCAACUUCAGAGAGAUCGAAGAUGAAGAUGAAGAGAGUGAUGUAGGAGAGACCGAUGACAAUGAGUCAGCAGACCCAGGCUCUCAGGCCGGGCUCUCUGGUAUGGAAUUCCUGCUGGGAGACCUGUUCUGCUCUGCCCCCCGGAGCAGGCAAAGCUCUGUCGAGGAGUCUAUAGACAUGGAGAUGUCUGUCUUCAGGGCCGACAAGGGGGCUUCGCUGGGAGUGGAGCCUCUGCAGUGGUGGAGGACGAAGGCAGUACAGUUUCCGCUCUUGGCCAUAGUGGCACGGGCCUACCUGGCUGCCCCUGCCGUGGCAGGUAAUGCUGCACAGGACUUUGUACAGGAAGGAGCUGGAGCCAUGUACAGGAAGAGAGCCAACAUUCCACCAGAAAGUUUGGAAGCGAUCCUGUUUCUACACCACAACCAAAUGCCCACCACCGACACCGGGCAAACAGCAGUUAGAAAUGAUGACAGGAACACUGGGAUUGAAAAGGUCCCAUAAACACAUACACACAACACUGAUUGCUUUUACACACACUCUUAAUUUAACAGUCAGCUACACGUGUAAAAAUUAGACUUAUCCAGAUAUAAACUUGAUUAUUACCAUAAACCAAAGCCCCAACACAAAGUUAUCAUGCUGGAAAAAGGAGAAAGAGCACAAUGUCUCCAGCUGGGAUAAGAACAGGAUGCUGAGGUUGGAUGCCGUACAUAGAGAGGUCAUAUGAGAGUGUAAAAUAAAUGCAUAUUAGGAAGAGACUAAUUUUUGGGGGAUUAGAGAUGCGGCUUUAUAUUGGAUUGGAACAUCCUUCAACUAUCGUCACCUUGUCUAAAGUUUAUUGAUUGAAAAUAUUUAUUUAACCUUAAUUAUUAUGAAGGUCAUUAUAUGCAAGUAAAACAGAUUUGAUGUUGUCAUUUUUAUUUCCUGAUUUUCUAGGCACUAAAGAGAAGGAAAAUACUUAAUGUAGUGUGUAUAGUUUGGACUAUUCUACUACUGAUUUACAUUUAACUGUUUAUAGUACUUUGUAGCACCUUGUGCCUUACCUUGUUUUAAUACUAUGAUAUAGUAGAUUGAAAGGUAUUCCUAUUUUUUUGAAGAAACAUAUAUAACUGUACAAGUGGAUUGUCUGUCAAGGUCCUUCAUGAUUGUACUGAGUAAAACUUCUACCAUGUGACUUUACCAUUACCACUUGUAUUUUGUGUUAUCAAUCAGUAGAUUAUAAAAGACAACUCCAAAGACUGAAUAUUAGCUCAAUUCAUGCUGCUGUUUCUUCAUGUUACGAAGGAAUUCAAAAAUUGUCUCAGUAAAAAUUAACGAUGGAACUUCAAUCAUAAAUGAAGUGAUCGCUGAAAAAGGAUCCCAGGAAAACAGUUCAAAGCUUAAUGCAUAGAAUAAAAUGUGCUGUCUCAUUUCAAUUGUAGAGAAAGAUUGUUUACUUGUUACUGUAGACCUGCUGAAUUUUAGAAAGUAAUUUGUUAGAUGUGGAGUGAAACCUAAAAGUUUUUUCAAACUUUUACGAAGUAUAAUGUAAUUUUCAGAACUACAUUGCACAUUGUGAAAUCAAUGGAUGAAGCACAUUAGCACAAUUUCUGUAUUGUUUUAGACUGUGAUGUUCUUGAAUCUUUGCAUAUUCACAUACGUGCAGAAUAACAGUUUUUGUCUUCCUGUAAUGUA